AUGUCUGGAACUGAGGACACGUUGGCUGAGCACCGGCAGCAGUUGCGCCUCUUCGUGGCCAGCAGCCGGAACCGCCUGCAUGCCCUCCUGCAACAGUUGCAAUGGAGCGAAGCCGGUGUAAAAGCGGACCACCGUUCCACCGAAAAGACGCCGCCUAAAUCGACCGAGGAACUGCCACCCUCCUGCUGUAACAAUCCCGCGUUUAGCGUCCAACUGGAUAGAGUGGCUCUGCAGCAAAUUCUGGGAACGGACGCCAACAAGGCUGGUGCCGGCCAGCGCCUGCAGCUCUAUGAGUAUGUGCUGCAACGGACUGCAAAGUAUCCGGGAUUCGAGGAGGACAACGCCGCCUUCGCUGAGCUGGUGGGCGUGACGAAGCGAGAUCAGCAGAAGCGUCGCCGUCAUCGCAAAAGCAAGCCCACGCUCAACGAGGAACUGCGCCAGCUGGUCGAUCUGCAGAUGGAGGCGCUCCAGAGACAGCAAGUGCAGGCUGCUGUCAGUGAGCUCCCUAGCAUUCGGAAGAGAGGACACAGUCGCAGUCGCUGCCGAAGUGGAAGCCGAAGUCAAGAAAGGCAAAGGCACAGGCGAACAGAGAAGCGCGAGCGGGAGGAGGAGAAGGAGCGGGAGAGGGAACGGCAACACGAGCGAGAGCGGCAUAGGCAGCUCCAUAGAAAGCGCCGUUCUCGAUCCAGCUCUCGCUCCUCUCACCGCAGGAAGCGCCACUCUCGAUCCCGCUCUCGCUCCUCGCAUCGCAGAAAACACCGAUAUCGAACCCGAUCCCGUUCCUCUCACCGCAGGAAGCACCGCUCUCGAUCCCGCUCUCGCUCCUCACAUCGCAGAAAGCACCGAUCUCGAUCCCGCUCCUCGCACCAUAAGCCGUAUCAAUCCAAAAAUCCUUAUUAAGUCAAGGGUCGCUCUA